UUCACUCCUCACUGAGAAAGGGUCGCUCUGCCGUACUGUCGCCAUGUCUUUUCAACUUUCUAGUGGAUCCAGGCGAGUCUGCUCACGAGCGGGCCCAGGGCGGCUGUCUGGUGGAGGUCCAGGCUUCGGGGCUGGGAAUGUGUGCCAUGGAUCGGGAGCAGGAAGCAGCAUUUCUUGUACUCUUGGGAGCAUUUCUUCUGGAGGUGGCUUCUGUAAUGGUGGUGGGGGUGUCUGUGCUGGUUUUCUUGGAAAUGAGCAUGGCCUGCUUUCUGGGAAUGAAAAGGUGACCAUGCAGAACCUCAAUGACCGCCUGGCAUGCUACCUGGACCAUGUACGAGCUCUGGAAGAGGCCAACACAGACCUGGAGCAGAAAAUCAAGGCCUGGUAUGAGAAAUACGGGCCUGGUUCUUGCCGAGGACUAGAUCAUGACUACACGAGAUAUUUCUCAGUCAUUGAGGAUAUUAAAAGGCAGAUUAUUUCUGUGACUACCUGUAACUCCAGCACUGCUCUGCAAAAUGACAAUGCCAGACUGACCGCUGACGACUUCAGGCUGAAGUAUGAAAACGAGCUUGCUCUACACCAGAGCGUAGAGGCUGACAUCAAUGGUCUUCACAGGGUUAUGGAUGAGCUGACCCUUUGUACAGCCGACCUGGAGAUACAGUUUGAAACACUCAGUGAGGAAUUGGCAUACCUCAAGAAAAAUCACCAGGAGGAAAUGAAAGUCCUGCAGUGUUCGGCAGGGGGGGAUGUGAACGUGGAGGUGAACGCAGCCCCAGGAGUGGACCUAACUGUCCUGUUGAACAACAUGAGGGCCGAGUACGAGGACUUGGCUGAGCAGAACCGCAGGGACGUGGAGGCCUGGUUUAACGAGAAGAGUGCUUCACUUCAACAGCAGAUUUCUGAUGAUGCAGGAGCGGCCACCACAGCCAGGAACGAGCUGACGGAACUGAAACGCAAUCUGCAAACUUUGGAAAUAGAACUUCAGUCUGUUGUGGCCAUGAAACAUUCCUAUGAAUGCUCUCUGGCUGAGACAGAAGGCAAUUACUGCCUCCAGCUCCAGCAAAUCCAGGACCAGAUUGGGGUGAUGGAGGAAGAACUGCAACAGAUUCGCACGGAAACAGAAGGCCAGAAGCUGGAGUAUGAACAGCUUCUAGAUAUCAAAAUAUUUUUAGAGAAAGAAAUAGAAACGUAUUGCAAGUUAAUAGAUGGAGAAGAAAGAAAAAGCAAGUCCACGUGUUACAAAUCCAAAGGACGUGGGCCUAUACAUUCUGAAAAUCAAGUCAAAGACUCAAAAGAAGAAAUUGUUGUCAAAACAGUGGUUGAGGAACUAGAUCAACUUGGUAAUGUCCUUUCACUAAGGGUCCAUUCAGUUGAAGAAAAAUCCUCUAAAAUAAGCAACAUUACAAUGGAGCAACGUACCUUCUAAAGCACCAUAGUGAGAAAACAAGUUAUUCAAAAAAAAGCCUGCCUUUGCAAAAUCCCAUUGGCCAAAUAACCAAGGAAAUCAUUCAUGUGUGUUCUUAAAAAUUCAAGGGCUAGAAUUUUUCUUUCUCUUCUUUUCUCACAUUCUUUCCAUGUAAUCCUUUUCAGGAGUAGGAAAAAUCUUGCUCUGUCUCAUUGUUUUGUUUCUAUUUGGAACUUUUUGGCCAUUCAUUAAAAAUUUUUCUGUUGCAAA